UUAGUUUCUUGCCAUAAAAUGUGUAGAAAAUGCGGAACUUUAUUGUAGAAUGGGUGUGCCAUUUGUAAUGGGCACCACUGGAGGAGACCGAGAAAAAUUAUUGGAUGUGGUACGGAAGGCAAAUAACUAUGCUGUAAUUGCACCACAGAUGGGAAAGCAGGUGGUUGCCUUUCAGGCAGCCAUGGAGAUCAUGGCGGAGCACUUUCCUGAAGCUUUUUCAGGCUACAAACUCGAGGUUAUUUAUCUCUUUACCUACCUCUAUAAUUGUACUUUCAUACUUAUUAAAUUAUUUAUAAUAUACGAUGUUGUAUGAUAAGAAAAUUAUUACACUAAAUAAUAGAUUCUUACAAUUAUUUAUUGUGAUUAAAAGACUGAUCACCUUUUGAGCAAAAAUAUAUUUUCCGAAAACAAUAAUUUGUGUCCUAGGUUUUAUCACUUUUUGACCUUAAGCAUUGUGGUUAUUAUUUCCUACACCAUCUACCAGUUCAUUUAUUAAACAAAGCCUGCACUCUGUUGAAUGAAAAUCAACCAAGAUCAAUAUUAGAUUCUGUGGUGGAUUUGUUACAAUUUGGGAUAUAUGAACAUUUGCAUUGUUAUUAGCAAAAGUUGAAAAAUUGGAGAGCUUUGAGCUUAAAUCUGCUUAACAAUUUAUCGUCCACUUUUGUCAGCAAGUAUGAUCAUUUCUUCAAUUAAAUACAUUUACUCAUCGAGGAAAAGAUAAAACAUGAAUUCAAUACUCUAAUAUUAUGGAAUCAUGCAAUUCCAAGUUUUUUUGAACUUAAAAACUAUAUUUGGCUAUCAAAUGAAUGAAUGAAACUCAAUCUAGUGCUUUUCAUUUUGAAGGAGAGAAAAUCAAAUUAUCUUCUGUGCAGAUCACUUAAGUCAGUUUUUAAAUGUCUCGUGAUUCUUUAGAGUUAAUAGUUUGUUUUGAAGGGCAUUAGAACCCUAAAUUGCCCAUAUCAAAUUCAGAGUACAGUAUUGUGACUUACUACUCUUGUAAGGCUUUAAACUCCUUG